AUGCACUCGACGCUGGUGCGGUUGCAGAAUGCCUUUGGCUUCUUCACCACGGUGGCUUUCACAGUCGCGACCGUAAUUGCGCUGAGUAGUCUCAUCACGCCGCAAAACCCCACCGCCAGCAUAUCGCUACGAAAUGUGCAAGUAGUCAAGGGCAGACCGCAUUAUUACUCGCCAAAGAGGGAGGAGUAUGCGCACAUCAAGUUUGACCUAGAUGCCGAUCUCACUAGCCUCUUCAACUGGAACACCAAGCAACUCUUCGUUUACCUCAAAGCCGUUUACCCCUCUACCCGCGCCGGCGAGCCCCCCUCGGAAGCCAUCAUUUGGGACGCCAUCAUCGCAUCCACCUCGGCACCCUGGCACCAGAACCACUACGUCCACCCCGACCCCAAAUCGAAGCUCCCCAAGCAAUCAGCCAAGAAACGCGCGGCCGCUAAAGAAAAGACACCCUCGCCAUUCCCCAUUGGCGAGCUCCACCUACAGAACCAGAAGCCCAAGUACCAGAUCACAGACAUUACCGGCAAGCUUGGCAACAGAACAGAUGUGGUGUUGGAGCUAGGUUGGAACGUGCAGCCCUGGGUGGGUGCGCCGACAUGGACGAAUUGGAAUACAAUUGGCGUCUGGAAGGGCCUUGAGGGAGGCAGAAGCAAGGCAUUUGCGUUCCCCGAGGUGGGUGCCAAGGCGGCGAAGCCCAAGGAUCUGGAGACGGAGAAGGGCGCGGAGGGCUAUAGGUUGGAAGUUGGUGGAGAGGCGCCGAUGAGGAAGGCUGUUUCAUAG